AUGGCGUCGGAUUCGGGGCGUGAUCGCAGCCAGACCUGCCCUCAUGGCGGUCGCCGCAGCGGCGCCGGAGACGACGAAGAGAACCCGUUUAUAUCCUUUCGUCGUUAUGCUGAUAAGCAGCUCUCAAAUUUCCUUCAAUCCGUCGUUGGGCUCCCCUCCGCUGUUCUUCCGCCCGCAAAAGACUGGCUCGGUAUGAAUGACGAAGAGUUGAGCCAGGCGCUAAGCGCUCGCCGAGACAGCUCAGAUAACGAUUGUUAUCAUCGCCACAAAUGCCGCGAUUGCAAUUCAAACGAUGACUUCUCCCCGUCUCAUGGAGGGUAUGAUGAGCGGCUCUUUGGGGCUAAUCCCUCUAGCACUGAACAACAUCGAAGGUACUCGAGUCAGUCUAUCCCUGCCUCAGCAUUCGAUGCCUUGUUCGACAGUGCGUGGCCCACGGAUCCUUCUUUUCUAUUCAGAGAUACGGCCCAUUUGCAUGGGCCGUUUAUUUUAGACUUUAUGGCUCCCUCAACUUCCGCGGGCUGGCCAAUCUCGUACCUUAUGUUUUCCCCUUAUUCACCCCUCCAGCUGGAACGACAGCGGCAGUUACGCCAACGAUAUCAGGAUGAUGCCUCGUCCUCUUGGUUUAGCUCCUUAGCCCCCUCCCAUGAGCACAGAGGCCUCAGAGAACCUCAGUGGCGGGAAGCGUUCGAAGAUUUACUCCGUAUUGAAAACGGGAAACCUAUGCUUGAUAGGGAUCCCCGGGAGGAACGUCCGCGCGAAUCUAGAAAGUCCUGGCUUGCAGGCUUAAUCCAGCGCGGUAGCCUCGGUGACGGUUGGUCUCACAUCAAUCAACCCGACGGUGACGGUGACUACUUCAAAUUCCAACAUAUCGCCUCCAAUGAUACCUCUCCUGACCAUGAGAGGACGUCGCAGAAAAAUGAGGCGAGUGAGGAGGGCAAUCAGUUCUCAGAGCUUGAUCUGUACGAUAGCUUCCUUCACAAAGUUAAUCACGGUACCGAUAUCUCACAAACAAGUCCGUUGUUAAGAGCAAUACUUGAAGAGCGAAAGCAACAGCGCCAGCAGCUCGAAGAGUUACAGCUACAGUGGAGAGAGAUGUUCCGCGAGAAAGAAAUGGAGCGUGCAGAUGAUCGCCAAGCGAUUGCUGAUUCUGCCGUCAUUAGGAGCACAGCAUCACGGACUAACAAAGAUUUACUUCAACCUAUAGUUUCCAGCGUCACCACCACACAACGCGUGAUGCAGCCUGAUGGGUCGAUAAAGACCAAAACAGUUGUCAGCAAACGGUUUGCCGACGGACGAGAAGAAAAUACUGAAACCGAAGAAGUCACGAGAAAUAAGCAUUCAGCAGUUGAUGAAAGCAGCCAGGUGGUGGCUAGUCGGGGUGACAAUCAACGAAGCACACCAGAUGGGCGUGAAAAGAAGCGCAGUGGCGGUUGGUUCUGGCAAGAGUAA